AGUUCAAUGCGAUAAAAUGACAGAUUAAUUAAUCGACCUUAAAUAGCAAUAUAUGCAUUUGACACUGGUGUGAGAGAGUGCAGACAGGUUCUGAAGUGUUCAAUCAAUUUCAGAAGCAAUAACUUUUUUUAAAUCAUAACUCAAGUAACCAUAAUCAGCAUUUACUCUUUCCACUGCAAUGGUUUUGUUGUUUGACGAUAUUUUGCUUCAGGUUGGCGAAUUCUCGCGUUUCCAAUACAUCCAGUGGUUUUUAUUGUUCUUGAGUUCGAUCACGCAAGCAUGGUAUUCAUAUCUCCCGUUCUUCACCGCCGCAAAAGUAAAAGAUGAAGCCGUUCUUUGUACGUCGAACGUCAACAUUACUGGUUGUCAUGCGAAUUGCACAAGCAUUCGGUAUGAUGUUGAUUACACGUCCAUUGUAACUGAGUGGGAUUAUGUGUGUGGAGUGGACAAGUACAAAAUACCUUUAACAAAGAGUAUAUUUUACGUUGGGAAGUUUUUUGGCGCAUACAUGUUUGGCUGGAUAUCUGAUCGCUAUGGCAGACGGGUUGUGUUCUUCGUCACGGCUUUCAUCCAAUUUGUCAGCUCCCUAGCGACAACGUUUUCAUCAGAUUACUAUAUGUAUAUGAUCUUGAGACUGCCUAUUGGUAUUUGCAGUGGAGGAAACUUCAUGGUAGGAUUUCUACUGGCAACAGAAAUGGUCGGCGUAAAGCAACGAAAUUGGGCAAAUGGCGUGAUGCAGGGUGGAUAUGGUGUUGGCAUUGCACUGCAAGCCUUGCUUGGUUACCUUCUUCGUAACUGGAGACACUUUAAUCUACUUAUUACACUUCCAAAUGUACUUUUUAUACUCUAUUGGUGGUGGAUGCCAGAAUCCCCAAGAUGGUUGGUCGCACGCGGUCGAACCGAUGAAGCUGAUAAAAUUUUGGUGAAAAUUGGAAAACAGAACAAGAUGAAACUUUCGAGAGAAAUACACACAGAUGACAUCCCGCAUGAAAAGAGCGCUUCCCAAAAGACUUAUCAUAUUGGCCACUUGUUCAGCACAAAACGUUUACGAAAGAUAACUUGCAUUGAAGGUUUUUCCUGGCUGGUGACGAGUUUGGUAUAUUACGGAUUAAGUUUUAACGUGGAUGACUUGGCUGGUAAUGUCUACCUAAAUUUUGCUCUGUCUGGCCUUGUUGAGAUUCCAGCCUAUCUCUUGGCAACAAUCCUUGUUAACAGAAUAGGCAGACGUAUUCCGCUGGUGCUGUAUUUCCUAAUCGGAGGUGUGGCGUUACUAUCUACCCUUCCAAUUGUUCUCACAGGAAAGGAUAAAGAGCUCAAAGGCUUAGUGAUGACAUUGUCUUUAGUUGGAAAAUUCACAAUUUCUGCAUGUUUUUACCAAGUGUACAUCCACACUGCUGAGCUUUACCCCACUGUUAUCAGGAACAACGGCAUGGGAUUUGCCUCUUUGUGUUCAAGAAUUGGAGGAAUUUGUGCGCCAUUCAUUGUUGAUGGUACACCAACUGCCUUUCCCUAUGUUGUUUUCGGUUCGGCCUCCAUACUUGCUGGACUCCUUUCGUUGUUGUUACCAGAGACGAAAAAUAAGCCUCUUCCAGAGUUUGUCACGUCAAAGGAUUGCUCGUCCAAAACACAAGAGACUACCGUGUUAUAAUUUAAGUUUUUGCAAAUGGUACCGUUAUAAGGUAUUCUUACUCUGUGCUUUGUACAAGUAUGCAACAAGCCUGCAUUUUAGUUAUGAAAUUUAUAUUUUCACUCAGGAUAAAAAGCCCGCAUGUUCGUUAUAAAAUCUAUAUUAUCGCAAAGGAUCCGCUUUCAAAGAGACACGCGCUAUAACGGCGUGUUAAUUUAUACAGGUCUUAUAAAAAAGUAAGGUUUAAUGUAAAUAAAAAAAGAAAGAGAGGUAUUAUUUUCAUAGAUUUACUGGAUUUAAAAAUAUAUUUUAAU